CGCGCGCGUCCAGCCGCACAGCUGCCCCCCAGCUCUCCCUCUCCGCGGCGGGCAGAGGGCGCUGUGCGUCCGUGCGCCCCGAGGGGCGGGCCCGGGCCGGGGCGGGGCUGGCCGGGCUUCCAGGCCGGGGCUCUAGCCGCCCGCACCGCCCGGGCCGCUCCGGGGACGGGCCGGGGCGGGGCGCGGUCGCAGGAAGCCAGGCGGGGACGCGCGGAGGCGUUGGGGAGCGAGGGAGGGCGCGGCUAACUCCCGGAGGGACGGCAGGCCGAAAGAGCGGCGCCGGGGCCUGGCGUGCAGCCUGAGAUCGCCGGACCGCAGGCCGUCCCACCACGGGCUCAGUCCCGGCCCCAGCCCCGCCAGCAUGGCCGGCCGGACCGUGCGGGCCGAGACCCGGAGCCGGGCCAAAGAUGACAUCAAGAAGGUGAUGGCGACCAUCGAGAAGGUCCGGAGAUGGGAGAAGCGCUGGGUGACUGUGGGUGACACUUCCCUUCGAAUCUUCAAGUGGGUUCCUGUGGUGGAUCCCCAGGAGGAGGAGAGGCGUCGGGCAGGAGGCGGGGCAGAGAGAUCCCGUGGCCGGGAGAGACGGGGCAGGGGCACCAGUCCCAGAGGGGGUGGCCCCCUCAUCCUGUUGGAUCUCAAUGAUGAGAACAGCAACCAGAGUUUCCAUUCAGAAGGCUCACUGCAGAAAGGCACUGAGCCCAGCCCCGGGGGGACUCCUCAGCCCAGCCGUCCUGGGUCCCCGACUGGACCCCCAGAAGCUAUUACAGAGGAUACUCAGCCCCCACAGUUGGGCCAAGAGAGAGACCCAGGGGGCACACCCGCAGGCGGUACUGAUGACCCCCCGAAGCUGACCAAGGAGGAGCCUGUUCCAGAAUUGCUGGAAGCUGAGGCCCCUGAAGCUUACCCUGUCUUUGAGCCAGUGCCACCUGUCCCUGAGGCAGCCCAGGGUGACACAGAGGACUCGGAGGGCGCCCCCCCACUCAAGCGCAUCUGUGCAAAUGCCCCUGACCCCUGAGAAGCUGCCUGCCUCCUGUCCUGUUGCUCCAAGGGCCCCUUUGGCUUUUUAUAAAUAAAGACCCUUUUGUAA